ACAUCCGGUCUUCCAUUUUCUUUUGGUCAUCGUCACACAUGAUUGCGUUCUUGUUCAGUAACGUUCGUUAUCGAUCUUGCGUUUUCAGUAAAUUGCUAAACGUUUGAAUCGUUUACGAGCGUUCGUUAGUCUGUACGUUUACAUAUACUCAUCACAGAGUUUUUAAUUCGACCACCGUAUUUUGGAUUAUCGAGUGCUAAUGCGUGGUAUUUCAGAAAGCUCACCGACUCGCGCAAUGGCGGAGGAUUUGGAUGUCGAGGCAAUGCUGGAGGCGCCAUAUAAGAAAGGGAUGGAGCAGGAUUCCUCAUCCAAAGACAAAUCUUCCAAGGAGAAUGGGUCUAGCCGUAAAUCAUCUGGGAAGAGCAAGCAUCGUUCUCGUUCCCGUUCUCGAUCACGAGAUCGUCGGGAAAAAGAUCGUCGCGACCGAGAUCGAGAUCGAGACAGAGAUCGAGAUCGAGAUCGAGACAGAGAUCGCGAUCGCGACCGUGAUCGUCGACGUAGAUCCAGAUCAAGAGAUCGAAGAGACCGCGAUAGAGACAGGGAUAAUAGCGACAGAGAUAGGGAUCGACGAGAUAGAGACCGAGACCGAGACAGAAGAAGGAAACGAUCUCUUACACCAAUCACUCUUCCCAGAGCAAGACUACCAUUUGGAAAAGGCGUCAGUCCUCUUGGCAUCAGAAAUGAUGAGUUGACACCAGAGGAACGAGAUGCCAGAACGGUGUUCUGUAUGCAAUUAAGUCAGCGUAUACGUGCUCGAGAUUUGGAAGAAUUCUUUUCCAGUGUAGGCAAAGUUCAAGAUGUUCGACUUAUCACAUGUAACAAAACAAGAAGAUUUAAGGGUAUUGCAUAUGUAGAAUUCAAGGAUCCUGAAAGUGUUACAUUGGCACUUGGUUUAUCGGGUCAGAAGCUUCUUGGUGUUCCUAUAGUAGUACAACACACCCAAGCUGAAAAAAAUCGCAUGGGUAAUUCCAUGCCAAAUCUAAUGCCAAAAGGUCAGACUGGACCUAUGAGGCUAUAUGUUGGAUCUCUACAUUUUAAUAUUACAGAAGAUAUGCUUCGUGGAAUCUUCGAACCUUUUGGAAAAAUUGACAACAUUCAACUGAUCAUGGAUCCGGAAACUGGUCGAAGCAAAGGCUAUGGAUUCCUGACUUUUAGGAAUGCUGAUGAUGCAAAGAAAGCUUUAGAACAGCUGAAUGGUUUUGAGCUUGCUGGAAGACCCAUGAAAGUCGGUAAUGUCACAGAACGUACAGAUCUGAUACAAGGUCCAUCUCUUCUUGACACAGAUGAAUUAGAUCGAAGUGGCAUUGAUCUUGGUGCUACUGGAAGGUUACAACUAAUGUUCAAGUUGGCAGAAGGAACUGGACUUGAAAUUCCUCCUGCAGCUGCGAAUGCGUUAAAUAUGGCACCAGUUAUGUCAACGCCACAACCACCUCCACAAGCUGCUCCUCCUAUAGCGACACAGUGCUUUAUGUUAUCGAAUAUGUUUGAUCCGCAAAAUGAGACGAAUCCGAAUUGGGCGAAAGAAAUUCGUGAUGAUGUUAUUGAAGAAUGCAACAAGCACGGUGGUGUAUUACACGUGUAUGUAGACCAAGCCUCCCCUCAGGGUAACGUUUACGUUAAGUGUCCAUCAAUAGCGACAGCAGUCGCAGCUGUUAAUUCGUUACACGGUAGAUGGUUUGCUGGCCGAGUAAUUACAGCCGCUUACGUGCCAGUUGUAAAUUAUCAUUCGUUGUUCCCGGACGCGAUGACUGCUUUACAAUUAUUGGUUCCGAGCGCUCCGCGAAGGGGAAUGUGAUCUUGAACAGUGCAAAUGCCAAUUACAAAUGUGUAAAUUCUCAUAGUAUUACAUUUUUCUUACUGAUACUGAGAAUAAAUUUUUGUUAAAAUCGCUUAAGUAUUGUUCGAAGUCAUACAGGUAUAAUUGUUGAUUACAAAACAAUGCAAUGAUGCAUCUGCGUGAGAUUCUUUCUUUCUUUCAUUCAUUUAUGAAGAUAAUCAAUAUUUUGUUUGUAAGAUAUUCUCAUUCGAUAUUAGAGAUUUUGACCAAUUAAUACAUGCGAAAAAAAUUAUUCUCAAUACAUCUCUAGAUACUUUAUUAGUGUAUGAGAACGAAAUUAUAAAGUUGUUUAAUAACAUAGUAUAAUUAUUUAAGAAUAUUUAUAUGUAUUUACGUAUUGAAUUAUAUUUCAAUAAGAUAGAGUAUAAAACAAGAUACCGAAAAACUUUGUUGCCUUAUUUGUUAAAUAUAUUAUGCGACAGAUGUUCACUUAAGAACUCCUUAUUAUCAAUCAAUCUGUAAUGAUUAUAAAGUUAAACAAUUCUUGAUGCUCUUUGCGGUACGCAGUAUCUUCGAACUUUCAUUCCAUCCUAUCUAUGCUGAUUUAUAUACUUAAUUUUUUCUAUUUGGUGCUUUGUAAUUCAAACAUGUUGUAUAAUCAUUGUUUGCAUUGUAGUUGCAAAAUAAUUUUUCAUUUAACUACUAUUAUUGAUUAUUGAAUGGCGUCAUAUUUUUAACUUUACACGGAAAUCAUUGAUCAAGUGUAACAAAGUCUGUAUAGUCAAAGAAUCUACAAUAAUAAUAUCCCUGAAAUCAAAAUCAUUUCAAAUAGACAACACGUUAAACCUGCUGGAACGAAAUGGAGGUGUCACUCGAUAGCCGCAAAGAGUUGAUGUUACAAUAAAAGUAAAAUUUAAGUAAAUUGUAAACAAAAGUAGAAAGAUUAAUAGAUUGUAAUCGCCGUGCAAAUAUGUGUUGAAGGUGGUAAUAUAAAAAAUGUGUUGAAGGUGGUAUAUAAAAAAUAUAGACUUUUCUUUAAAACUUUGUGCACAGUCAGAUGUUCUUUCUUGAGAACACGAUAGAUGAAUAGAAAACAUUUUUUAGGGAGGAGUCUGCAGGUAAUAAAUUUCUUCAGCAAGUGUAUUUACUAAAUGUAAUAAUAUAAGUACAAUUCUUAAUAUUUUCGAAGGAAUGAAAAAAAAUAAAACUAAAGAUUGAGGUACUAAUUUUUAUGGUAAUUUUUCAUGUAUAUGAUGGCCUUCUAACCAUAGAAUAAUUUGAUAGUUAAUCUAGUUUUUAAUUAAAAGAAAAUAAUACAAGAAAUCUACUCUUGCAAGAAAUAAAUUAUUAAUAAAAUUUAUAAAUAAAUUAAUAAUUAUUUUUCAUUGUGAUUGAAUAAUUAAUUUUAUAUCAAAUGUACACUUAAUGAGUAUGCACAUCUUUUAAAAAUUAUAUCUAUUUAGGUAGACUUAUAGCAUUAUGAAAAUUUAUAAAGCAUUUUAAAAGUAUUUUAUAAUUUUAAAAAUGAUUUUUUCAAGUGUUAUAACUGUUAUAUACAAUACGGCAAACUAUACAAAAAGAAAGAAAAUUAAAUUUCUUUUGUUCCUGCAGGCUUCUGUUAAUUUAAAAAAAUCUAUUCUAAUAUAUGUAAAAAAAUUGUACAUUAUCACCGUUCAUUCAUAUAUAUAAUAAUACUACUGCAAUUUCAUAUUAUUGUGAAAAGUGAAUGUAUACUUUGAUAACUAUAAAUUAAAAAAUUAAUGUGAUAAUACCAUGUGAAUGUGAGAUCCUCUUCUACAAUACAAAUGUAAAUGCGCAAACAAUAUUUCUUUUUAUUCUCUUAUAUAUGAGAAUUUAAGUAGUAAUUUAAGUGAAUUGUAGUAUAAGAUUUUCAUUUCUCAUUUUAGAAUAGAAUACAAAGAUUAUUUUGUAACUAUUCACUGUACGUAUCUACUUAGAUUACAAAUACUAUUUUGGAAAACACCGAAAAAUAAUUUUAUUGUAUACGUUUUAUAAAAAUUCUACGAAGUUAAAAUUAUUAUUUAAUAAAUUAAUAUUAAUUAAA